UCAGGAGGACAAAGAUCCAAUGUGAGCCUCUUCAAAGUUUUAAUCAUUGGCCCGCAGGGGUGAAUAUUGAGCCUCUUUGAAUUUCUUUUAUCGUUCGUGCAGGAGUGACAUUUUCGUGCGUCGUGACACCAUGUCGACUUUUCCAGUUCUUCAGGAAAGUGAAGGGGAGUGGACUUCAGAUAAAACUGUUGAAAUCUUGGGAUUAAGAAUUCCUGCAUAUUUCGUCCCGGAUCCUCAGUUGCUUCAUGACUUUAUUACUGGUUUUCAGACCAGACCGGACGAUGUGUUCGUUGUAAGCUAUCCCAAAUCAGGGACUACCUGGGUUCAAGAAAUUGUCUGGCAGAUUUAUCACAAUGGAGAAAUCAACAGUGGUAAAAUUGAAGAUCGUGUCCCAUUUGUGGAAGAGGCAACCAACCCAAAGUCAACUCAGCCUGACAUUAAAACUUUACCAAGCCCUCGUCUUCUAAAGACCCACCUCUCUUAUGAAGCCAUCCCUAAAGCUAAAAACAAGGACACAAGCUGUAAAUAUAUUUACAUUGCUCGUAAUCCUAAAGAUGCAGCAGUCUCAAGUUAUAAAUUUAUGAAAAGCCUUGGAUCCUCUACAGGAUUGAAUGCACCAUGGGAAUAUUAUGUGAAGCUGUUUAUUGAGGGCAAAACCAUGUGGAGCCAGUGGAGUAAUCAUGUUCUUGGAUGGUGGGAGCACAGACAUGAUCCUAAUGUUCUUUUCCUUAAAUAUGAAGACCUUCAAAAGGAUCUCCUGUCCAAUGUUCGUAUAAUUGCUGAUUUCCUUAACAAGCCUCUGCCAGAUGAUCUCGCCAAUCUCAUUGCCGAGCAGUGCACUUUUAAAGGAAUGAUGAAGAAUGUUCAAAGUUACUUGUUACGUGGCAAGGAAGAUGGUCCAAAGCUUCUCCAGAAGGGUGUGGUUGGUAACUGGAAGGAACACUUCACCCCAGAGUUGAACGAGAGAUUUGAGAAGGAAGUAAUGGCAAAAUUGAAAGGAUCUGGACUUGAGUUGGACUUUGAACUGUGACACAUCAUAAUUUUCUGCUGUGCAUGGGCACUAUGAAAGUUAUCAUCUGUCUCAAACUGUCAUAACUUAUGUCAUUCUAGUCUAGUGGUCAAAAUGAAGAGUCUGCAUUUGCAGAGUGACAUAUCUUUGAGGGAAAGAUCUUUCAACUAAUUAAAAGUUAAUUUCAAUUACACACUACAGAUACUUAAUCAGGCUGAACCCCUGAUCUUGAUGAAUGCUCAGUGUAUUUUCCUUAAUGUGGAUAUUUUCGUUUAGGACUUCUUGUGUUGACUUUGCCAUCAGAGUGUUUUCUAGGUGGAGGACAGAGAGAACCAGAUAAAGACUCUGUUAAUUAUCUUCCAACAAGUUAAUGAUCAGCUUCAUAAUUAAGUUAUGACUUGUGAGUACCUCUGAAGUUGUGGUAAAGACAUCAAGUGUACGUAAACUUAUUGAUAAUAAUUAUUGAGGGAACUUUUUCAAACAAAUAGGAUUUUCAAAGGAUCUCAACUUUGGAUUAUAACCAUUAGAGGACUACAAGUGUAUUUCAGUGCCAAAAAGCAAUGCAAAGACGAUGCUAUUUUAGAGUUAUUUUACUGCAGGGAUCCAGGCUUUAGUACUAUUUUUAUCUCUUUUUGCACCAAAUCUCCCACUAGCUUUCAUGACCCUAUUCCGGAUGUCUUAUAAAUCCUUGGCUAUUUAUCGAUUAACACAAAAGUGGCGCCGAGUGUGUCGCUGAUGUUCUUACCACAUUUUGACGUCCUCUGUGAUCUAUUACUGAACAGACGCGCGGCAACUUGGAAUCUAUUUGUUUUAAAUAAUAAAGAAUUAAAAUAUACGGAAAAAAAAGUUUUAAUGAGGACAUCAUCUAUACGUCUGUCCUCCAAUAGAUCAUAAGUGAGAACCAAUCCGAAUGCGUGCAUAACUGAGCUUAUUAUAUAAAGAUAGAUAGAUGGUUUAUUUAUCCACAUAACGCCUAGGUACAUUCAGCAUACUCGUUUACAAUGCACGUAUGCUAAAUGCCCCUAGGCGUUACGUGGAUAAAAGAGAAGGACGUAUUGGUAAAAUUGAAAGGAUCUGGAUUAGAGUUUGACUUUGAAUUGUAACACAUCCUGAUUUUCUGUUAUGCAAAAGCACUAUGAAAAUUGCUGUUUGUCUCAAAUUGUCAUAAGUUGUGUCAUUCCAUCCUAGUGAUCAAAAUGAGGGUUUUGCAUUUGCAGAUUGACGAAUGUUUCAGGGAAAGAUCUUUCACUUAAUUAAAAUUUAAUUUCAAUUACAGACUACAGAGAAUAAAGGGCUGUUCUUUAAAAAAUUGUUUUUUUUUACGGC